CCAGCCAAGAAGCAAAGUAGCUCGUCCAAAAAGAAGAUUCCCUGUUUGUUUGUAACACAGGUUUCUUUACCUAAUAGGAUUAUUACUACAGUUUAGUUUAAUUUUCAAUGCUUGAGGCUCGCACUAUAGAAUUAGCAGUAGCUCUAGAAGUCUUACCUUAGAAGCACUUCAAAUUCUUUUCUUCUCCAAACAUUUCUGCUUUUAGCUGCUGAAGCUGAAGAAUUCCUUCUUAUCUCAUUCCAAAAUCCAUCCUGAUCACCACCUUAAUUGAUUCUUUUCUUCUAAUUUCAAUUCCAAGCAAGAAAAAAAAUGGCCGAUGCAGCUAUUAGCGCUACUAUUCAGGUUGCAUUGGAGACGGUUAUUUCCCUUGCCGCUGAUCGUGUUAGUUUGGUUCUUGGAUUCGGAGAGGAGUUGGAGAGACUACGCCACACUGCAGAAACCAUCCGAGGUAUCCUGGCUGAUGCGGACAGGAAAAUGCAUAUUGCCGGGGUGAAAAAUUGGCUCGAGCAGCUUGAAGGAGAGCUUUUUAAAGCGGAGGAUGUGCUGGACGAGCUCAACUAUGAAAAUCUUCGUCGGGAGGUGAAGUACAGAAAUCAACUCAAGAAAAAGGUAUGCUUCUUCUUCUCGUACUUUAAUACAAUUGGUUCUCGUUCAAGGUUGGCUUCAAAGAUCAGGGACAUCAACAUGAACCUAGAAAGGAUCAAUCGGCAAGCAAAUGAUGUGGGACUGGUCUUCCGGUUCCAAAUUGAAGCCGCACUCCCUGCUGCUACUGGUGCCACAACAAGCAGACAAACCGACUCUAUUCUCGUUCCAAAUGUUGUAGGAAGAGUCGACGAUGAAUCAAAGAUUGUGGACAUGUUAUUGAGGCCAUCUGAAAAGGUUCUUUCUGUUAUUCCCAUAACAGGCUCAGGAGGUUUGGGAAAAACAACUCUGGCGAAAUCAAUCUACAAUAAUCCAAAAAUAGAUGGGCACUUUGGCCAAAAAAUUUGGGUUUGUGUGGCUAAAGAACAAAUUAAGAUAAUGGAGCUGUUCAAGCUCAUUUUAGUACAAUUGACAGGAGAAGAAGUUAAAGUGGAUGACAGGAAUGUUAUCGUUAAAAAUAUUGGAGAAAAGCUCAAGGGACAAAGAUAUUUCCUUGUUCUUGAUGAUGUGUGGGAUCAUGAUCAAGGAUUGUGGAAUGAUUAUUUCAACACUUUGAUGGGACUCAACGAAACCAAAGGAAGCUGGUGUCUUCUCACUACUCGGUCGAAACCAGUGGCUGAUGUUGUAUCUACACAUUUGAAGAUGAAUAGCGGUCCUUAUUUCUUAGGAAAGCUAUCACGUGAUGAGUGCUGGUCCAUCAUAAAAGGAAAGGUGAUGAGUGCAGGGGAAGAAGUACCAGAAGAAUUGGAAGCAUUGAAGAAGCAAAUUUUAGGGAGAUGCGAUGGCCUACCCUUGGCAGCAAGUUUGAUUGGUGGCUUGUUGCUUAACAACAGAAGAGAGAAGUGGCACUCCAUUGUGCAAGAGAGUCUUUUGAAUGAAUGUCAAAGCGAGAUUGAGCAAAUACUUAAGGUGAGCUUUGAUCAUUUGUCACCUGCAUCAGUUAAAAUAUGUUUUGCAUAUUGUUCAAUUUUCCCCAGGAUACAGAAUUGGAACAAGAUCUAUUGA